CACUGCUCCUUAUUAGUUACACAGGCCACCCAGGGUCUGAUGUGGGCAUGAGUGUAGAGGACGGGGGAGUGCCAGGCCUGGGCCGUCCCAGGCAGGCCCGCUGGACUUUGAUGCUACUCCUGUCCACUGCCAUGUAUGGUGCCCAUGCACCAUUGUUGGCACUGUGCCAUGUGGAUGGCCGAGUGCCCUUCCGACCCUCCUCAGCUGUGCUGCUGACUGAGCUGACCAAGCUACUGUUGUGCGCCUUCUCCCUCCUGGUAGGCCGGCAAGCAUGGCCCCGGGGGGCCCCGCCCUGGCGCCAGGCUGCCCCCUUUGCACUACCAGCCUUGCUCUACGGCGCUAACAAUAACCUGGUGAUCUAUCUUCAACGAUACAUGGACCCCAGCACCUACCAGGUGCUGAGCAAUCUCAAGAUUGGAAGCACGGCCCUGUUCUACUGCCUCUGCCUCCGGCGCCGCCUCUCUGCACGCCAGGGCUUAGCACUGCUGCUGCUGAUGGCAGCGGGGGCCUGCUAUGCAGCUGGUGGCCUCCAGGACCCUGGGAGCACCCUCCCUGGGUCCCCUCCAGCAGCUAAGGCUGGCCCCAUGCCCCUGCAUAUCACUCCACUAGGACUGCUGCUCCUCAUCCUGUACUGCCUCAUCUCAGGCUUGUCCUCCGUGUACACAGAGCUGCUCAUGAAGCGACAGAGGCUGCCCCUGGCACUUCAGAACCUCUUCCUUUACACGUUUGGUGUGCUCCUGAAUCUAGGUCUGCAUGCAGGUGGCGGCCCCGGCCCAGGCCUCCUGGAGGGCUUCUCAGGAUGGGCAGCGCUCGUGGUGCUCAGCCAGGCACUGAAUGGACUGCUCAUGUCGGCUGUCAUGAAGCACGGCAGCAGCAUCACACGCCUCUUUGUGGUGUCCUGCUCGCUGGUGGUCAACGCCGUGCUCUCAGCAGCUCUGCUGCGGCUGCAGCUCCCAGCUGCCUUCUUCCUGGCCACUCUGCUCAUUGGCCUGGCAGUGCACCUGUACUAUGGCAGCCGCUAGCCCCUGACCACCUUGACUCCUGACCCUGGAGGUUGGGCGUUACCAUCAGAGCCACCUCCUAGCUCCCUUUCCCUCAGCAGCCCUGUAACAAGUGCCUUGUGAGAAAAGCUGGGGGAGUGAGAGCAACCAGAUGGGUGGAUGAAGGUGUACCCCUGAGAGACUUGUAGAGUGGGUUUGGUUAAGGAAACUGGAAACUCUUAAACAUCACCCUCCCCUGACCCCCACCCCACGUUCUUCCAGACUAGGGAACUAAGGGAGCAUCAUACCUACACCUGAGAAAUGACCCCGUCUCUGAUGGAACAGGUUCCCUGUCUUAUCCUGCAUGAAUGCAGUUGCCUCCUUCCCCACCCCCAUCCUACAGGAAAGCCCAAUUGCCACAGAUUCCACACCCAUCACCUUGGCCAUUCUGCUGAGCUCCUGCAGCUCCAGGGUCGCCUGGAGACAGUGCAUCCCUGCUCCCUCCACAGAGCUGCUCUCCACACCCAGCCUUUGUUCUGGAAACCCCAGAGGGGCUGGGGCUUGGCUCAUCUCAGGAAAUGUUUCCCCUGGGCUCUGGCUUAUACUCCUGAUCUCUCUACUUACCCAAAGACCCUCUUGAAGCCCAGUGCCCCCUCUACAGCUCCUAGGAGUUACCAUUCUAGGUCCUGCCCCUGCCUAGCAGUGUCCCACCUCCCAACAGCCACAGAAGCUCUGCACAGAGUGACCUGGGACCAGCACAGGGAAACGUGUAUAGCUCAAUGUCAGACUGCAUAAGCAAUAAAAUAAGGUCUUAAUAAAGCAUUCUGGAGUGUAGGCGAUUCCUACAAUCAAU